AAGAUGGCGACUGCCUUCCUCGGAAAGUCUGUGCAGUAGUUGCGGAUCGGGAAGCCGUGCCAGCAAGAUUAGAGUAGAGUCCGUGACUUCACUUGUGUGUUUUUCUUGGCAUUUGGUUCCGUCGCAGUCUCCCAUCGUUUUGAAACGCCUUUUGUCGUCUUGUCACCCCCCUCUCGUGGUUUCUUUCGGAGAAAUCAUGUACGUCGGAACGUCUGUCAUCGAUCCUAUGCUUCAUCGUGAUCAGCUGUUACCAUUGUGAUCGUAUAGCCCACCACACAUGUUGAUGUCCCGUUUACGGUAAUAAUAACCACUUUCUCAGUAUGCACUCUACACUGAUGCAGGCCAAAGCAAAGAAAGAAGUCGACUCGUCCAUUCACGUCGCUAUCGAGGAUUUACAUUUUCACAUGAGGAAGUGCAAGGAAGAAGGUGAAACUCUCCGCAAACAGAAGGAACAUCUGCUCCAAAUGCUCGACAACAAGACUCUCACCACGCGGCAUCUUCACCAAAGUAUCCAACAACUGGAACGGAUGAAUUCCGAACUCCAGGAGAAAGUUCGAACCCUUGGCGAAGAGAACGACCGGCUCCGGAAGGAGAACCGUGUGAGACCGGUCGCGAAAGAAGGCCGUAAACCCUUCAAGCACAAUGUCGACAUUAUGGGAUCGGAGAGUUGGGAAGAUCUCAGUAUGAAGCUGCUCGAGCAGAUGGAGCGAGACAUCAACGACCUGCACGACAUGGGCGAAAAAGUCAAAGAUCGGGACGGGUCCGCUACAUCUACGGGCGAGGCUCCGGUCAAAUCACCGACCGACGAUCGGGAAGCGAUGCAAAUGGUCACCGAGAUGAAAGGCCAGUUGAGCACAAUUAAAGAACGCCUUCUGCAGCAGAAAGCGCUGCUGCAGAGCGCAGCGAAGGAGCAGAGCUCGGACAGAGCGACCCCACAAAGGCCUUCGGACGACUCGUUCCGGGUGUUUUUCACUCAACAGCUGAGUUCAACAAAAAAGCCUGAUGGCGGAAAGCAAUGCCCGAUGUGCGAGGAAACGCUGCCAUCGGGAACCACCCAAGCAGAAUACGAGCAUCACGUCAUGUCGCAUCUAGGGGCGCCGGCCUCGCAUCGUUUCUGAGCUGAUCCCUUGUUCUUAAUCUCAAAAAACUGCUCGGAUGGAUUCUCCGGCAGUCGGAGCUCAAGAGAACCAGCGAGGCCCCUCGUUAAGCUGCGAUGUGAUUCGUGAUGACGACGAAAGAAAUAGUCCGCCUGACGAUAGUCGAAGCCGGAGCUAAAUUGAAAAAAUUGCGACACACCUAACACUUGAGAAGCCGGGAGUUUCCCCGAAGCCUGUUUCAAACACUUGAGGCGUGAGAUGAUCGUUCUCUAAAUCAUUCACUCGUUAGCCAAAACUGAGAUUCUCGCCCGCUCAGUCGGAAAGCAUUUAAGAUGGGGAAUUCCAUUCAUCGUCCGGUGCCGCUGGAUGCUCUAGACUCUGGUCUACAUACAUACUUUCCCACCAGUCCACUAACUUUGGGCAUGAAUGGUGAGCGCGAGCUAUGAACCGUGUGAUAUGCGAACGA